AUCGAUCAGGGCCGCCAGGCAAACCAGAACUCCUUCCAGAAAGUGAGGGAACUCCAGACUUGGUGAGUCUCAGAUGGACUCGGCCAGUUAACGAUGGAGGUUCUCCGAUCACCGGCUACUUGGUGGAACAUCGUCGAGUGGGUUCGCCACAUUGGGUGCGCGCCACCCCCUUACCGGUUCCAUUCCCAGAAAUCACCCUUAGUGGACUAGAACCAGGAUGGCGAUAUCAGUUUCGAGUGAGUUCCGAAAAUGCAGUCGGAUACUCGAAUCCUUCGGAAGUAUCCGAACCGAUCACUGUAACGUUACACCGAUCAGCAGUAACGGCACCGAAAUUCACUCAGGAAGUUAGCGAAACUGUUGCACUGGAAAACGAAAAAUGCGAAUUUGUGGUUCACUUUUUGGGUCAGCCUGCCCCAAAGGUAUGUUGGUUUAAAGAUGGUUUCGAAAUAUUCAGCAGCAGACGAAUCCGAGUCCUCACCGAGCAUGAUCGAAGCGUCCUCACGAUCCACCAGACCUCAUUGUCUGAUGAAGGCGAAAUCAAGUGUACAGCCACAAAUAGAGCUGGACAUGUUUCUUCUAAAAGUCGACUUACUGUGGAAGCUCCUCCAAGUAUUCGACUUCCACGAAAUUACGAAGAAGGACUUUUAUUCGAGCUGGGUGAGAUAAUCCGAUUGAAAGUGACCGUGGUAGGAAGGCCAAACCCUUUAGUGUUCUGGAGCCAUAAUGGCGAAUCCCUCCAGAACAAUGAUAGAUACGAAAUCGACUAUACCGACAAAUCGCUUUCGCUUAAAAUCGCAGACGCUCAACGAAGCGAUCGAGGAGAAUAUCAAGUCAAGGCUGUAAACAAAUUAGGGGAAGAAACUGCAUCGUUUUUAGUCACCGUAACGGACAAACCCUCUCCACCAGGUGUUUCUUCGAUUCCAGGAAAAGCUCGAGUGGUAAUGACUCUAGGCAGAUCGGUUACUUUAUCCUGGACUUCGCCUCAAGACGAUGGAGGUUGCAAAAUUGGAAACUACAUUGUGGAGUACUACAGGUUGGGGUGGAAUGUCUGGCUUAAAGCUGCCACUAGUCGCCAACUCACCACAAGACUUGGUGAUCUUAUAGAAGGCAGCGAGUAUAAGUUUCGCAUUAAGGCGGAGAGCCCUUAUGGAGUGAGCGAUCCAAGCGAGGAAUCUGAGGUGGUCUUCAUCCCGGAUCUCAAGAGAGGAUUAACGCAUCCUCCACCGCAUGGUCGCAAUCAACCCCAGGACUUUUUUGAGGAGUUAACAUCUCCAACUGCAAAGAGGCGCAACAAACCUCGCUCACUCUCGUCCACCAGAGUGGAAGUAGCCUCACAUGCUAAUAACUCAAUUCCCCAGUCUCCACCCACUCGCCCUAAAAGAACAAAAAGCAAAAGCCAACAUCAAACCCCAGAGGCAUCGCCAAUGCUUCCUCGUAAGGACGUAUCAGCUCAAUUCAACAAAAAUAUUUUCGAUCGCUCCUCCUUGGCCAGAGAUUUGGCCUAUGGCUCUCCAGACUUAAGAAUGCCCAAGAAUAUGAGGCGGGACUCUUUAACAAGCAAUAUGGAAAAAAUAUGGAAUAAAAUAGAAAAACCCGAACCUAAAGUUGAUCACGUGGUGUAUAAAGUGAAAAUUGAGUCACCAGCAGAGGCGCUCACUCCUGUAGUGGUGGAGCCCAAGAAAAAUACAAGUCCAGAAAGGAGGAAGAAAUUGAUAAGGGAGCACAGUGCAACAGUUUCGGGCAGCUCAGAAUUCAUGUUGGUGCUUUAUUCUGAUGAAAAUAAUCAAGAUCAGUCGAAUGUGUUUAAUUUUGAUGACAGUCCAGUUGCACCACCUCUAUCUCUAUCAGCACCUGAACUUUCCACCAUGGAACCCCUCAUUUUUCUGCCCCUUAAAAAUUCGGCCAGCUCAACUGAGCUUCUGCAUGAAAGAACGAUGAUGAGAUUCUUUGAAGCUGCCGAAGCCGAAGAGCGUGAGCUAGAACGAAUCAGGGCUCAAAACUCUGAAAGGCGUCCUAGCUAUGAGAUACCGAAAAUUCGGAUUAAUUCCCAGGAUAGUGACGAUAUUGUGGGACUAGAUAGAAGACAUUCGUUGAGACGGAAAAUGUCUGCAGGCACCGUCAGGCAGCAGCAGAAAUGGGCUCAUAAAAGACACAGUUUGAAGAGUACUUCGGAGGUGGAAACCCUAGCGGGAAAUAAUCUGAAAAGGGCCCUGCCGUCGUUAAACAUGAAGCGAGAGUUGAUGUUUAGUGAGCCAAGCACGUCUGAAGAGCUAACGGAUCAGGAGUUUGAACGAGCGAGGGCUCGCAAAAAGACAUACUCACAGGCCAGUUUUGAGCGGAAGCCAGUAACAAUAACAGAAGAAGAAAGGUGGAUGGAUGAGUACGAAGAAAGUUUAUCGGAAAGUGAAACUGACUCCGAGUCAGAAGUGGAGCGGUUUAAAUCUGAAGUAAACAAGACCCGGCAUGUGCAGAUCGAUCAAGCUUCGAUUGAAGAAGACACAUAUCGUCCCCCAGGAGGACUAGGCGCCUUAAGAAUAAGGCAAAAUAUUCUAGAAGAACCGUUUGAAAUUCUAAAUAAAAAGAAAGAACUGCCAGAUCCGAAUUUCGUACCCAAACCGAUUCUCAAGAAAACCGACUCCCCAUUAGUGUCUCCAAACGUUUCUCCUGCCGUUUCUCCUCCAUCGUCGCCCACUAAAGCUCCAAGAGCACUAUCGCCUAGACCUGACAUAAUAUUGCAGAGAAAUAGAUCGAAAUCUUUGGCUGUUCCUGUUUUGCCACCACUGAUAUCAUCUUCGGGCGAUGAAAGCGAUGACCAACUUAAACAAGUUAGGAAACGCUCAUUUUCGCUAACCACUGCGCAAAGUUUGCUUCCUAAAAAAGAGCCAAAAAUUUCGAAGAAAACGAAAAGUAACUCAACUCUUCCCAGUGUGAGUGCUGUGGCACAAAUCUCAGGAAUGACUGCUGCUAGCAUAGUAAUACCAAAUAAUCUUCUCAGCAGGAAGAAGGCUGAUGAGGAAGCCAAGGCGGUGGCAGACCAUUAUGAUCAUAUAGUCAGGAGUAUCGGGCAAAGAAGAAGAAGCAACCCUUUCUUGGAUAGGGAAGAGUUGAAACGUGCCGCAGACUCGGGCGAGACACCUCAAGAGGAAGAAAAUAGCAGCAAAGAACAGACUCCUUCAAAGGAAAAUCUUAGUCAAGAUAGUGGGUACCAGAGUGUUUCUGGGUAUAGGCGAAGUAGUUUCACUGAUCACUACGAUUCGGUCCCCAUAUUUAGAUCUCCUAUGAGGCGUCCAAGUGAAGAGAGCAAUGAAAAUUUCAAAAAACUUGAAAGUGUUGGGCAAAGUUCACUUCCUCCAGCAAAGCCUCCGGUAGCGACUCAAAGCUCUCAGCCCCGUAGGCUAAGUGAUGUUGGGCAAGUGUUGAAAGAAAAGCCGAAGACAAUCAGCACUUCAUCGCCUCGGCGAGAUAGUGGAGUGGGAAUUCAGUUGGGCAACUUUGCAAGUUCUCCACAAAGAGCGAAUCAAGGGACGAGUACUCAAACCCAAUCAACCAGGCAAUCCUCUCCAAAUCCCAAAAGUCGUCGAUCGGUCACUCGCUCAAAAUCGCCAUCGAAACGAGGCACUAGUAUUACGCGAAACGCCGCUUUAUCCCCAGCUAGAACUGAAAAUUGGAAUAACCGUUCUCUUAGAGAUGAUCCACAGUAUAGACCCAGGAAAACAUCUCCUUCUCCUGUGAGAAAGGGAAAGAGCAGCCCAUCUAAGAAUCUUGAGGUCAGGCGCAGGCCCAUGUUAAAGGAAAUAAUGACCCAAACAUCAGGAUUUCUUGAUUCCUUUCAAAGUUACACAGGCCCAGGGCCUUCCACAGAUCCAGAAAAACACAAUGAGUUAAGAGCUCAAGCCGAAGUAAAAGUCCGAUCAGCAGUUGAUUGGUUGACUGAUCUGGCUAUGUUUGCUGUUGCGUGUUGGUUGUAUUUGUUCCACAAUGAACUUCUAGCCAUACCCGUAUUGCUAGUCAUGGUUUACCGACAGCUAAAAGAAGAAAUUGAAAAAAGAAUCCCUCAAUGGGUUUUGAAGAAGAUGCAGAAGAAAAAGACGGAAUGAGUUGUAUUUCAUCUAUAUGAAAAUGCAAUUUUUCCCCAUUUGGUUUUUAGUAAUUAGUGUAGAAAUUUAAGUUUUGUUCUUUCAGGCACGUGCGCCUUAUAUGGAGUCGUGCUUAUAGUUAUUAAUGGUGUUGGGUUGAUAGCGAAAUGAAAUCUAUGAUUUCACUAUUUAUUUUUACUAAUUACUUCUAAGAGCUAUUCUAAGUAAUUACAAGAUACUUGUAAGUUUCCAAAGCGAGAGCUGAUAUUAAUUGAAAAGUGAUGUUAUUCAUAAUAAAUGAUUGGUUAAAUA